AUGAUCUUCACUGCGUUCGUCACCCUUGCUCUCGGAGUCAGCUCGACUUGCGCUGUGCCUUUCGGCAAUCGCACAAUGUUCUGCGCAUCUACUCCUAGCGUAGCGGAGGUUGCUGCUGCUGAGGCGCACUUUACUUCCCACAAGGCAUCCACCAAUCUUGGUCCUAAUGCCAAGUUCGCUGCGACCAUUCCUGUUUAUUGGCAUGUCCUUCAGUCUGGAACGUCUUUGAGCCAAGGAAACAUUCCUGACAGUGAGAUUGCCGCUUCCAUUAAAAUACUGAAUCAAGACUAUGCCGGCGCUGGCCUCACCUUCAGGUUGGCAGGGAUCGGCCGUAUGACCAACGCGAAUUGGUUUCAACGGACAGCCCCGAGCACCUCUUACCAAACUGCGAUGAAGCAAGCGUUGCGACAGGGUGGCGCAAGUGCCUUGAAUGUCUACACGGUCGGCUUCACCAACGUCUCCGUCAACGACCAGGGUCUCCUGGGAUAUGCCACCUUCCCGUAUUCUUACUCUAGUGAGCCGAAGGAUGAUGGCGUGGUGAUACGGUACUCGACUGUUCCUGGAGGCAGCGCUGCACCAUACAAUUUGGGUAAAACUUUAACCCAUCAGGUUGGUCACUGGGUUGGUUUGUACCAUACUUUCCAGGGCGGCUGCUCCUCACCUGGCGACUACGUUGACGAUACCCCUCACCAAUACGAUGGUCCCGGUGGUCCUACCUCUGGCUGCCCCGCGGGCAAAGACACUUGCCCAGAUGGAGGACCUGAUCCUAUCCACAACUUCAUGGACUCCAGCGAUGACUCCUGCAAGACCGGGUUUACUCCUGGUCAAGUUGCACGUCUUCAAGCACAAAUGUCGACAUACCGUGGCGUUACCAUCUAA